AUGGCACCACCACCCAAACGCCGCCGAAUCGCCCCUCUAAAAUCCAUCCCACAAGAACUCACAUUCGACCCUUCAGCGCGGCAAGAAUACCUCUCAGGGUUCAGCAAACGCAAGACUGCCCGCAAGGAAGCCGCGCGGGAACAAGCCAUCAAACGCGAUAAAGAGGAUCGUGUGAGGGAACGAGCGCAAUUGAGACAGCAGAGAAAAGAGGACUUGAAAGCGCAUGUGGAAGCCGUGGAUGCAGAAGUCAGGAAGAUGAGAGCGAAUGUUCUCGAUGAUAGUUCCGACGACGACGAUGUCGAAUGGGGCGGUGUAGAAAAUGGCAMAGAACAAGCAGGCGAGGGAGAUGGGGAGGAAGAGGAGGAAUAUGUCGACGAAGAGAAAUUCACCACCGUCACGGUGGAACCCAUGGGAUCUACUCUCGAUGAUAUUGAUGAUGAAUUGGAAGCCGAAGGGUUAGCGAAGAAAUUGGCGGCGGAGGAAGCGGAGAAGGAGAAGCAGAGGGUGUUGAAGACGAGGAAAUUGAAACCUUGGGAAAAGCCUCGAUGGGAUGGCAAGGAGAAGAAGAAGAAACCGAAGUUUAGAUAUGAGACGAAGGCGGAGAGGGCGGUGGGGAGGAUGAAGCAGAAGAGUAAGAAUAGUAAGGCGGCUAAAGCGAGGAGGGAGGAGUAG